AUGGGAGGCUUCCUCAGAAUUUGCCCGCUCUACAGAGCAGUCAUCCUCAUCGUAUGGAUGACAAUUGUAAGCAGAGCAGAUGGCAAUUUAAUCCGUAAAAACGUCGACACAUUGACCCCUGAUGAAAUUCUCAAUCUGCAAAUUGCCCUGCGUAAUAUGCAGGAUGAUGAUGGAGCCACAGGCUAUCAGGCCAUCUCAGCCUACCACGGGGAACCAGCUGACUGUAAAGCUGCCGAUGGUUCGGAAAUUGUGUGCUGUCUUCACGUCGAUAUGGUAAAUAUGGACACAAGUCACCUGCAAUUCCGUAAAGACGUCAACACCCUGACAACAGAAGAGGAAUAUGAAUUAAGAGUUGCAAUGGAACGUUUCAUGUCUGAUAAAUCAAUCAAUGGCUAUCAAGCGUUGGCUGAAUUUCACGGACUCCCGGCAAAGUGUCCUCGCCCCGACGCCCUGAAUAGAGUAGCCUGUUGCAUUCAUGGUAUGGCCACCUUCCCUCAUUGGCAUCGACUUGUAGUCAUGCAGUUCGAAGAUGCCCUCGUUGCCCGUGGAUCUCCUAUUGGUGUUCCGUACUGGGACUGGACCAAGCCUUUCACUGCACUGCCGAAACUUUUGGCUGAAGAAACUUACAUCAAUCCGUACACAAAGGAGUCAAAACCAAAUCCUUUCUACCAGGCUACCAUUGAAUUCCUGAAAGCUGGUGUUCACACCUCACGUCAAAUUGACGACAGAUUAUUCAAACAACCAAGCAAAGGCGACCAUGGUUUCCUCUUCGAUGGACUUUUAUUGGCAUUCGAACAAGAUGAUUUCUGUGAUUUUGAAGUGCAGUUUGAAGUAACUCACAACGCGAUCCAUGCAUGGACAGGCGGCAAUAUCAAGGACGUCAACGGUACAGCUUUGCCACCGACCACAAUCCCAGCACCGAUCGUAAUUUUUGUACCCGGACACGCUGAUGCUGAUGUCAAAUUCGAUGAACAACAUCGUUCCCGAAAAAAUGCGGAUAGUAUGACCAAGUCUGAAAUGGACGAUCUUCGAAAGGCCAUGACUGCCUUCGCUGCAGAUAAAACAGUUACCGGUCACCAACAAGUCGCCGCUUUCCAUGGAUCAACUAAAUGGUGCCCUAGUCCAGAUGCUGCCCAAAAGUAUGCUUGUUGUCAUCACGGCAUGGCAACUUUCCCACACUGGCAUAGAUUGAUCACUUUGAACUUCGAAAACGGUUUGAGACGAAACGGUUACACUGGUGGUAUUCCUUACUGGGAUUGGACCCGCCCCAUUGAAGCCCUUCCCGCCCUUGUAUUGGAAGAACAAUACACAGAUAGCCAUGGAGAGAGUCAUCCCAAUCCGUUCUAUAGCGGCGCUAUUGAUGAAGCUGGUGCUGCUACAAGUCGGGCACCGUCUGAAAAUCUUUAUGAAAAACCUGAAUUUGGAAAGUAUACCCAACUGGCUAAUGAGAUCAUUUAUGCUCUUGAAAAGGAAGACUUCUGUGACUUUGAAGUUCAAUUUGAGGUAGCCCACAACCACAUCCAUGCUUUGGUCGGCGGUACAGAAGCUUUCUCUAUGUCUUCAUUAGAGUACAGUGCAUUUGAUCCAAUCUUCAUGCUCCAUCACAGUAAUGUGGACAGAAUCUGGGCUACUUGGCAGGCGUUGCAGAAAUUCCGAGGAAAACCCUACAAUUCGGCCAAUUGUGCCAUCGAAUUGCUUCGUAAACCAAUGUCUCCGUUUAGUCUCGCAAGUGAUAUCAACCCAGAUGCAAUGACACGAGAACAUUCUGUUCCUUUUGAUGUUUUUGAUUACAAGAAAAAUUUCCAUUAUGAAUACGACACUUUAGAACUGAACGGUUUGUCCAUUCCACAAUUAUCACGAGAAAUCAAUCGACGAAAGUCCAAGAAUCGUGUGUUUGUCACUUUCAUGUUGGAAGGUCUGAAGAAGUCUUUGCUUGUCGAGUAUUACAUUAAAGAUGAUGGAUCUGACAAUCAAAUGAAGGCCGGAGAGUUCUAUGUUUUGGGCAGCGAAAAUGAAAUGCCCUGGGAAUUUGACCGCGCUUAUAAAUCUGACAUCACACAUGUUAUGGACGAAAUGAAACUUCAUUAUACUGACAAAUAUCACGUUGAAUACAAAAUCACCGACAUGACUGGCGCUGAGGUAACUGACAUCAAACUAGAAUCGUCAGUGGUCUUCGAACCAGGCCUUGGUCAUUUUGGAGAGGGCAGGCGUUGGAUCAGCCCUGUUACAAGCGCAAGUCACAUCAGAAAGAAUUUGGAAGAAUUAAGUGAUGGUGAAAUGGAAUCAUUAAGAAAUGCUUUUAAACAAAUGGCAAAGGAAGGAAGAUAUGAAGAAAUCGCUGCCUUCCACGGUGUCCCUGCUCAGUGUCCAAAUGAAGAUGGCACAAUGGUGCAUACAUGCUGCCUUCAUGGAAUGCCAAUAUUCCCCCACUGGCAUCGUCUCUAUGUUGCUCUUGUAGAAGAUGAGUUAUUGGCUCGAGGAUCAGGAGUGGCCGUGCCAUAUUGGGAUUGGGUCGAGCCGUUCGAUGAACUUCCACGUUUAAUCAAUGAAGCAACCUUCUAUAAUUCCCGUACCCUUAAGAUUGAGCCGAAUCCUUUCUUUAAUGGCAAGAUUAGCUUUGAGAAUAUGGAAACAGAUCGAGAUCCCCAACCAGAUUUAUUUGGCAAUUCAUAUUUAUACGAUCACACUUUGUUCGUUUUCGAACAGACAGAUUUCUGCGAGUUUGAAGUUCAUUUCGAGGUUCUUCAUAACACCAUUCAUUCUUGGCUAGGAGGAAGAGAUGCUCAUUCAAUGUCGUCUCUUGAUUAUGCCGCCUAUGAUCCCGUGUUCUUCCUUCAUCAUAGCAACGUUGAUCGUUUGUGGGCCAUUUGGCAAGAGCUUCAGCGUUAUCGUAAGUUAUCAUACAACGAGGCCAAUUGUGCAUUGCCACUUCUCAACGAACCGAUGCGUCCUUUUAGUAACAAAACUGCCAACAACGAUUGGUUAACAUUCACCAACAGUAGACCCAAUGAUGUCUUUGACUAUCAGAACGUCUUGCACUACAAGUAUGAUACCCUUUCUUUUGCCGGUCUCAGCAUUCCACAACUGGAAAGAAUCUUAGAAAAGAACAAAGGACAUGACCGAAUUUUUGCAGGAUUUUUGCUACAUGGUAUCAAAGCUUCUGCUGACGUCCGCAUCUACAUCUGUGUACCGACUGGUGUAGGGGAAGAGAAUUGUGCCAAUUACGCUGGUAUCUUCUCCGUUCUGGGAGGAGAAACUGAAAUGCCGUGGAGGUUCGAUCGUCUCUUCCGAUACGAAAUCACAAGUGAAUUAAAGAAAUUGGGUCUUAAUCACAACAGUCACUUCCGGGUCGCAAUGGAAGUAACCGCUGUCAAUGGAUCUAGGAUCACGCAAAAGGUUUUCCCUAAUCCGACAAUUGUCUUUGUCCCCAGCCAGGUUGAAUUUGAAGAAGAUUCUUGGAGAGAUGUAGUUACUAGCGCUAACCGUAUCAGAAGGAAUUUGAAAGAUUUCUCCGAGGAAGACAUGUUAUCUAUAAGAACCGCCUUCAAACGCAUGACAGAUGAUGGAAGAUACGAAGAGAUUGCCGCUUUCCAUGGUCUACCAGCUCAGUGCCCUAACGCUGAUGGUACGAUGGUGCACACGUGUUGUCUGCACGGCAUGCCGACCUUCCCGCAUUGGCAUCGUCUCUAUCUAUCUUUGGUCGAAAAUGAGUUGUUAGCCAGAGGUUCAGACGUGGCCGUGCCCUACUGGGACUGGAUUGAACCUUUCGACCAUCUUCCAAGUCUGAUCAGUGAGAAAAUGUUCAGACAUCCUAAAACCAAUGAAGAAAUUACAAACCCGUUCCAUCACGGUACAAUUUCCUUCGAUAACACCGUAACUGUACGGAAAAUUGAUGACCAACUUUUCAACAACAGAUAUCUGUACGAACAUGCUUUAUAUGCAUUUGAACACACCGAUUUCUGUGACUUCGAAGUUCAUUUUGAGGUUCUCCAUAACACAAUCCAUUCGUGGAUCGGAGGACCAAAUCCACAUUCUAUGUCGUCUUUGGAUUAUGCUGCUUACGAUCCAGUGUUUUUCCUCCAUCAUAGUAAUGUUGAUCGUUUGUGGGCCAUCUGGCAGGAACUACAACGCUACCGAAAGAUGGACUACAAUGUAGCGAAUUGCGCUCUUCAUCUUCUCAGUGAUCCAAUGCGACCAUUUAACAACAAAUCCGCCAAUCACGAUCAUCUAACAUUCACACACAGCCGACCAAAUGAUGUCUUUGAUUAUCAGAACAGCUUAAACUAUAAGUUUGACACCCUUUCCUUUUCUGGUCUCAGUAUUCCUCAGUUGGACGAUCUCUUGGAAAGCAGGAAAUCACAUGAUCGUGUUUUCGCCGGUUUUUGGCUUCAUGGCAUAAAGGCAUCUGCUGACAUCAAUAUUUAUAUCUGCGUUCCUAUUGGCGUAGAACAUGACGAUUGUGACCAUAAGGCUGGAACCUUUUCUGUUCUUGGUGGAGAAACAGAAAUGCCCUGGAAGUUUGACCGUUUGUUCCAUUACGAAAUUACCGAACAUAUGAAAGAAUUACAUCUGACACAAGAAAGUAAAUUCCACCUUACAACAAAGAUCAUUGCUGCCAAUGGAACGAAAUUGUCGAAUGAUAUCUUCCCAUCGCCAAGUGUUGUUUGGGUUCACGGAAAAGAACGCACCAUGAGAGCUUCGAAAUCAAAAUCCGUCCGAGGUAAUUUGGUGCGAAAGAAUGCUGAUCGUUUAUCUCUGCAAGAAAUCAACUCUUUGGUGCACGCCUUCAAACGUAUGCAAAAAGAUAGAUCUUCUGAUGGCUUUGAAUCGAUUGCUUCCUUCCACGCUCUUCCUCCACUCUGCCCGAACCCGACCGCUAAACAUCGUUACGCUUGCUGUCUUCACGGAUUUGGCAGUUCUGCCUACGCUACAUUCGAAAUUUGCCCAGACACAGGUGAUUGUCAUGAAGGAAGUCAUUUCUCUGUGUUGGGUGGAAGCGCUGAAAUGCCUUGGGCUUUUGAUCGUCUCUACAAAAUGGAAAUAACGAACAUUCUACGAGAUAUGAAGUUGAAUUUUGAUUCUCACUUCACCAUCAAAACAAAGGUCGUCGCUCAGAAUGGAACCGAAUUGUCUGAAACUCUAUUACCAGAAGCAACCAUCAUCCGGAUCCCACCAUCGGCGCAUGAACUUGAAGUGGCGAUCCCAUUAAAUCGAAUUAGACGAGAUAUCAAUUCUUUGGAAACUCGAGAUGUUCAGAAUCUCAUGUCGGCAUUGAAACGUCUGAAGGACGAUGAAAGCGAUUUCGGCUUCCAAACAAUUGCCAGUUACCAUGGUUCCUUGAUGUGCCCAACACCUGACGCACCCCAAUACGCUUGCUGUCUACACGGUAUGCCGACUUUCCCACACUGGCACAGAGUCUAUCUGCUCCACUUUGAAGAAGCUAUGCGUCGUCAUGGAGCCAGUGUAGCUAUUCCCUACUGGGAUUGGACUAUAGCGUCGAAUCAUUUGCCUUCUCUUUUGGGAGAUGCUGAUUACUACGAUGCUUGGACAGAUUCUGUAAUUGAGAAUCCUUUCUUGCGAGGUUAUGUCAAACAAGAAGAUACCUACACCGUACGAGACACUCAAGCUGAGUUGUUUGAAUUGUCGGAAGGUGGCAAAGAAUCUACACUUUUCAAGAAAGCCAUGUUGAUGUUUGAACAAGAAGACUAUUGUGAUUUUGAAGUGCAAUUUGAAGUGAUUCACAAUUCUAUUCAUUAUCUUAUCGGUGGUCACCAGAAAUAUGCCAUGUCCAGUUUGGUUUACUCUUCCUUUGAUCCGAUAUUCUACGUUCACCAUUCAAUGGUUGAUCGUAUGUGGGCCAUCUGGCAGGAUCUCCAGCAUUACCGAAAGUUGCCACAUGAUAAAGCAUAUUGCGCCUUGGAUGAAAUGUCCUUCCCUAUGAAACCGUUUAUCUGGGAAUCGAACCCCAAUCCAGCAACCCGAGCCGUGUCUACACCCAGUAAACUAUUUGACUUUAAAUCUCUUGGUUACAGUUAUGACAACUUGGAUUUCCAUGGCAUGAACACUGCUCAGCUGGAGGCUGCCAUUAAGAAACAAAAGCAAAAAGACAGAGUGUUUGCGGGAUUUUUGCUGCACGGAAUCAAAACAUCAGCCGAUGUUCAUUUGAAGGUGUGUAAUGACGCUGAUUGUCAUGAGGCUGGCGUUGUCUUCAUUCUUGGUGGCGAAACAGAAAUGCCAUGGCAUUUUGACCGGAACUACAAGAUGGACAUUACUGAUGUCCUCCGGGAAAUGCAUAUUCCAAUGGAAGCUCUGUUCGAACAUGAAAGCAAAAUACAUUUAGAGGUGGAAAUUCAAACUGUUGAUGGAAACACUCUGGAUUCUGGAAUACUUCCAAAGCCAUCUUUGAUUUAUGCUCCAGCUAAAGGCUUGGUUACUCAACACGUCGAAGAUCAUGAUACAGAGACUUUGAUAAGAAAGAAUGUGAACAGUUUAACACCAUCAGAAAUCAAGAACCUGCGUGAGGCCCUUGGAGCUGUAGAAGCGGAUAAGUCAGCAAACGGUUUCCAGAAGAUCGCCUCUUAUCACGGAAUGCCCCUCAGCUGCCACUAUCCGAACGGUACAGCUUUUGCUUGUUGCAACCACGGUAUGGUCACCUUCCCUCACUGGCACAGACUUUAUAUGAAACAAAUGGAAGAUGCCAUGAAAUCUAAAGGAGCAAAGAUUGGUAUUCCGUACUGGGACUGGACAACAGCCUUCGACCAUCUCCCGUUUUUGGUAACUGAACCCAAGAACAACCCCUUCCAUCAUGGUUAUAUCGAAGUUGCUGACACGAAAACAACCAGAGAUCCUCGACCGCAAUUGUUUGAUGAUCCAGAACAAGGGGACGAGUCGUUCUUCUACCGUCAAAUCGCCUUCGCCCUCGAACAGAGAGAUUUCUGCGAUUUUGAAAUUCAGUUCGAGAUGGGCCACAAUGCCAUUCAUUCUUGGGUUGGUGGCUCAACUCCUUAUGGCAUGUCAACACUUCACUAUACUUCAUACGACCCACUUUUCUAUCUACACCACUCCAAUACAGAUCGUAUCUGGGCCAUUUGGCAGGCUCUGCAGAAAUACCGUGGUUUACCUUAUAAUAGUGCCAAUUGUGAGAUCAACAAAUUGAAGAAACCAAUGAUGCCGUUUAGCUUUGAUGACAACCCCAACGAAGUCACAAAAGCUCACUCAACUGGUGUCAAAUCCUUCGACUAUCACAAAUUAAACUAUGGAUAUGAUAAUUUGAAUUUCCAUGGCAUGACCAUUCCUCAGUUGGAAGUCCACUUGAAUAAAAUUCAAGCGAAAGACAGAGUGUUUGCUGGAUUCCUGCUCCGAGCCAUCGGUCAAUCAGCUGAUGUUAACUUCGACAUUUGUCGCAAGGACGGAGAAUGUAAAUUUGGUGGCACCUUCUGUGUUUUGGGAGGCAAACACGAAAUGGCUUGGGCAUUCGACAGACUCUUCUUGUACGACAUUUCCAGGAGUUUGCUACAACUUAGACUUGACGCUCACGAUGACUUUGAUGUUAAAGUGACAAUUAUGGGUAUUGAUGGCAAAUCUUUACCAUCCACUCUUCUUCCACCACCGACCAUUCUCUUCAAACCCGGAACAGGAACGCAGUUACAUCAUUAA